UCCCCGUGGAGUGAGUGGCCGAGACAGGUGUUGUUGUGGUACUUGCCGCCACAGUGAGACACCUGUUGCCACACCUUGUUAUCGCCACACCUUCCUACGCCCCGAGCGCAGCGCUCUUAACACCUGAGCCACCAGCUGCGUCACCCACACACAGUUUCCAACAUCUGUAAACCUCAUACCUGCCUUGUCGAGCAAGAACACCCGAGUAAACCUUUGCAACAGCACCUGUCUUCACACACAGCUUCACCUGCACCCGUGCACAACUCGUGGACCUGCACAGGACCAGGUAAGACCACCUCCAUAUAUGACACCAGGGAGCUGAUCCAUUGGGCACUGGUGAGCUGACCCGCUGGGCACCAGAGAGCUGACCCACUGGGCACCGGGGAGCUGACCCGCUGGGUACCGGGGAACUGUCCCGCUGGGCACCGGAGAGCUGACCCGCUGGGCACCGGAGAGCUGACCCGCUGGGCACCAGAGAGCUGACCCGCUGGGCACCAGAGAGCUGACCCACUGGGCACCGGGGAACUGUCCCGCUGGGCACCGGAGAGCUGACCCGCUGGGCACCGGGGAGCUGUCCCGCUGGGCACCAGAGAGCUGACCCGCUGGGCACCGGGGAACUGUCCCGCUGGGCACCAGAGAGCUGACCCGCUGGGCACCGGGGAGCUGUCCCGCUGGGCACCGGAAAGCUGACCCACUGGGCACCGGGGAGCUGUCCCGCUGGGCACCAGAGAGCUGACCCGCUGGGCACCGGGGAACUGUCCCGCUGGGCACCGGAGAGCUGACCCGCUGGGCACCGGGGAACUGUCCCGCUGGGCACCAGAGAGCUGACCCGCUGGGCACCGGGGAGCUGUCCCGCUGGGCACCGGGGAGCUGUCCCGCUGGGCACCGGGGAGCUGUCCCAUUGGGCACCGGGGAGCUGUCCCGCUGGGCACCGGGGAGCUGUCCCGCUGGGCACCGGGGAGCCGUCCUGCUGGGCACCGGAGAGCUGUCCCGCUGGGCACCAGAGAGCUGACCCGCUGGGCACCGGGGAGCCGUCCCGCUGGGCACCGGGGAGCUGUCCGUUGGGCACCAGAGAGCUGACCCGCUGGGCACCGGAGAACUGAUCCACUGGACGCCAGGAAGCCAAGCGGGGGUGGCUUGACUCACUCCACCAAUGGUCACCAGGGGGGGUGACCGCUUGCUGAAUCACCAGGCAGGGGGUGGUGACUUCACUCGCUCCACCACCGGUCAGCAGGUGGGGUGACUGCUGGUGCCGCCACCGUCAAGAGGGUAUCAUUAGCGUUAUCGGGACCAGAGGUCGCAGAAGUGCUAGAGUACAAGGGAGCAUGAGGCCAGGUACCUUCCGUACUAUGGUAUAGGCACAUGAACGUCCUGCUCUGAAGCUUUGAACUACCCAUGAUGUGAUGGCAUGGUGUGUGCGUAUAUCUGCUGGUAUUGAAGAGGACGUCAAUAGUGUUCAAGGCUACGAUUGCGUAUGCCGGUAAAGUUGCAGGUGAUGUUCAUUGGGUAUGUCAAAGCGAUGUCAGUGUAUCUUAGUGAUGUAAAUAUUAUCCUGGAUUGCAAUGGUCGCAUUAACGAAGUCUAGGAUUCAAAGAUGUUAAACGUGGCCAUUUACUGGGCUCUAUCCUUCAGCAUCACGUAUGACAUAACCAAGCACGCCACUCGCAGCAAACUCCUGGGAAUCAAUCACCUUCUAAGACUACAACGAGGACAUGGAUAGGGCUCUUCAUCUCAACCGAGCUCCAGUCAUCGAGGACGCCACAGAAAACAUCAGGAGACUCUCAGAUUCCACCAGGACCGCCCGAGAAGGCCCUCACAUGAUAAACAUCAGCGGUGCUUUAGACUUCGACUCGCUGGUCAUAGGAGCUGCCAAGGAAGACGACAUGUCCUGGGUACAGAUUGUGUCGUACGAGGUGCUGCUUCCCAUACUGUUGCUGCUGGGGCUGGUCAUCAACGGCUUCGGUAUCUUCCUCCUCACAAGGCGCAAGCUCAGAACAAAACCUUCAAAUCCUUACUACCUGCUGCUGCUCUCCUCAGACGUGGUCAUCCUGGUUGUCAGUGUUUCCACCGUCAUCACGCUCAACGGAUGCCGCCUUUUCUCCUACUCCGUUGCCAUCUACUUCGCCCAUUUUUUCUUCACUCUCUUCUACAUCCUGCAGACCUUCACACUCUACAUCAUCCUCUGGAUCUCCUACGACAGGUUCCUCGCACUCUGGAACUUCAAGAGGUUCCACGAUGUUCAGAAUCGUCGAGUGUUUCGCAUUAGAGUUAUAGUCACGGCACUCUUGUGUGUUGUUAUCCACCUGAAGCACCUGUUCGAAGUGCAGGUGACGUGUUCGGAAUCCCGGGAGUGGAAUGGCGGGACCGAGGACCCUAGUGAGGGGUGUGAGGGGGGGAUUUGGGUCAUCAACGACGACCUCCACUACCUGAGUAGGAAGAGUUCGUGGCGGGUGGUGUUAUGGGUACUUCGAGGACUGUUGGUGUUGGUAGCGCCUAUCAUCCUGGUGCUGGUGUUCAACGGCGGCAUCGUGGCGGGGCUGGUGCACCGCCGCCUUCACAACGCUGCCUCCACCAUCAGGACCCGCGGCCAGGCCUACUCCAGCAUCUACAUCGCCCUCGCCAUCUCCGCCACCUUCAUCCUCUGUACCGUACCUGCUACCGUCCACGCCACCUUCUACGCUGAUAACAUUAAUAACUGCAGGGGUCCCUACUCCGAGGAGGUGUUUCGUGCAGUGGCAAACCUUCUCCUGAUAGGGGAGCACCUCACACACUUUUUAUUCCUCUCAUUCAACGAAACUUUCCGCAUCGAACUCAGGACUCUCCUCCGAGCGAUGCGGCUCAGUAUCUUGAAGGUCUAUAGACAGUCUCGAUGUUGCAGUUGCUACGGUCUGCCCCGACGGAAGUCUCCCCCAGCCCCAGCAGCGCUUCCUUCACAACACUCGCCCCCCGUGUUCAUCAUCUCCUCUCCAGAUGCCAUCCUCCAGGGCCCAGAGGGAGGCUCCAGCAUCGCUCUCGAAGUCAUAUCCUCCAGCGACUCCUCACUCCCACCAGCGUCUUCCAUCCAUCUAAAUGAUGACCUUAAACCAGUCUCUUCCGUCAAUCCCACCCACUCCCAAAACCUUCCAUCUAGUGUAUCUAUUCAUCUCUCAGAUUCAUCAGUUCUACCCUCCAGUUACACCCUUUUUCCUGACUCCGAGGACCCUCCCUCAAGGUCCUCCUUGUCAACAAUUGAGGAGGUCAUCUGAGCCCUACAGGACUAGUCUGGCUGAGACCUGCUGCUGGGAGUGGAAGCUGCAUCUUCCGCACAUUAAUAAUAAUAAUUUAUUUGCAAGAAGGUACAAUGGGUUGGUGAGCUUACAUAAGAUUGGUAUUUUCACAUUCAUGUACAGCUACUAACACGCAUAGCGUUUCGGGCACAGCAUUAUAUGUGUGUUACACAUUAUAUGUGUUACACAUUAUGUGUGUUACACAUCUAUGUUACACAUGUGUGUUACACAUUGUUACACAUUGUGUUACACAUUGUGUGUGUUACACAUUAUGUGUGUAAUUUGGACAUUCUGUGCACCGACAAUUUGGACAAUUUGUAAACUAUGAAUAAAUAUUGAGGCCAUACAAUGGGAUCGAACCUGCAUCCAUGGGACUCCCCAGGCACAUUUAUUAGUGAGAUUCGUUACGUUCUUGUGAUUUAAUUAUGCACUUUGUAAACUGUUUAAAUACUGAAGGAUUGUGAUUGAUAUAUAUAUAUAUAAUUUUAAUUUUAAACUAUACAUAAUGUGAGCAUCCUGCGCUUGCUUUAAAUAUUUUGUACCAGAUCUGAACAGUCUAAAUGAAAUUUUGAAAAUUUA